AGCUCCUAACUUUGCGCAUGUACGGCCAAACUGAACAUUGCAUCGACUCCAAGAUGGCGUUAACACGUCUGGCUUGCAUUCUGGUCCUGCUCUCAACUCACUGCUACUUCAACGUAUUAGCAGUAAUACUGAAAACAACGAAUGAUGCGCCAUGGGCCAACGAGUUUGAAUCUAUCGAAUUGUCCUGUUUGAUAGAGUCCAUCUCCACAAAAAGCCCUAGAAUCGAAUGGAAGAAAAUUAAGGAUGGAGAGCCCAGUUAUGUCUACUUUGAGAAGAAAAUCUCAGGAGAUUUGGAGGGCAGAGCAAGGAUCAGAGAGCCUGCGACAUUGGUGAUAACCAACGCCACAAGAUCAGACUCAGCCAGUUAUCGUUGCGAGGUCAGCGACCAGACUGACUUUAGAUCCUUUGAUGAGAUUUUGAUCAACCUCGUCAUAAGAGUGAAGCCAGUGGUGCCGAAAUGUGCCGUCCCCAAAUCGGUGCCUGUAGGGACGGCGGCAGAGCUGCGAUGCGUGGAGGAUCAGGGUUUCCCCAAGUCUCAGUACCAAUGGUUCCGCAACAAGGAGGAAAUCCCAGAUGACCCCAAGACCAGCCCUAAGUUCAUCAACUCCUCCUACACGAUCAACGCCGAAACAGGCACCCUGAAAUUCAGUGCUGUCAGAAUGAACGACUCAGCAGAGUACUUCUGCCGAGCAAAGAACGACGCGGGUCACUCAGAGUGUGGACCGCAGACGAUGGAAAUCUAUGAUAUCAAUAUUGCCAGGAUCAUCCUGGGAGUGCUGGUGGUGGUGCUAUUGUGCAUAACAGUGGGCCUCUGCUUUGCGUACAAGCGUGGUUACUUCGCCAGCCAGAAACAGACUGGAAACAAUUACAAAGCACCAGCCAAAGGAGAAGGAGUGGACUACGUCAGAACCGAGGACGAGGGUGACUUCCGACACAAAUCUUCGUUUGUCAUCUGAAGAGGAAGACGAAGGGCAUGGAAGUGAAAGGUGUGGUACUUUGGACUGAACUCAUUAAGUGUGUGAGAUGACCAGUGAGCUGCCACAGUACGUGCCUUGAGCUCUCAGCAUGUCUGAAAUGAUUCAAGUUUGCCAAAGGUAACAAGUUUUCACAUCUAUAUAGAACUGUUAACCAUCGUUACAGAUACAGACAAGUUUUGAAACCAACUUGUUGACCGUUUAUCACCAAUCAACUUAUUUUGCUAAAUUAUGGAGUUAAGUUACAGUUAUUGCAUGUUUUAAAAGGUUUUUAACAUCAUCUGCUGGAGAAAAAAAAAACAUUUAUGUAAGAUCUUCUGCCAGGAGGAGAAAAAGUAUUUAGCUAAGUUCUGAAGUAAAUAUAACAUAACACAUUUCUACUGUAAACAUUUGCUUCAAAAACCUUUGUCAUUUAGAACUUUUUUUUUUCUACCAGCAAAAUGUCAGACUAUUUUUGAUGGAAUAUAUUUUGAAAUGCCUAUAGAUAAAGGUUUACUUUUUUAAAUAUUUGUAAAAUACUGUUUUUUUUAUUUGGUUUUGGGGAAAAUAUAAGUUUCAACCACUCAGUAUUCAGCUGUAAACAAUCACCUUUCCUGAUCUAAAAUCUAAUUACAAAACCUAGCUGUUAUUUACAAGCCCUUUCUUUAAAACCUACAAUUUAGUUGUAAAUACACAGUGAAAGAUGUAUUCCAAUACAUGUUCUGUGGUUGGGGCUAGCUAAGCCAAAUACUAACUGCCAAUCACAUUUCCUCCAAUCCAAAGAUCAUGAGGUUCCAUCUAUCCAGUGUUGAAAAUUUUCCUUUAAUUUCUCCAAUGCUGGAGGUUUGCAUUGAAGUCAUGUAAAGGUUCAAGCUUUUCAAGUGUUCACAUGUUUAAUUUAUUGAUUACAUUUUCUGAACCAGACUCAUGUAACACCCAUCUCAGGCCAGGUACAAAUCCUCUGAGAAUUCUUAAACUGUAUGUCUAUGAAUAAUAAAACUCACUUCUAAUAUUCUGA